GUCUUUUUUUGAAAAGUAACGUCGGCGGGGGACGCCACGCCAGAACUUGGCGAGAACUGACUGCCAUCGCUGGCUGCAGAAACACAGCGAGUGAGAUAUGCGGUGGGCGCCGGGCUGAUGACCGCCUCUUUUUUGUUCGCGUGCUUCGAACUGGUCGGCUUCGCGGUUUGGAUAAUUACGCCUUUGUGUGAACUGAAGGCCUUUGGAAAGUGACACUGUCUUGGCGUUACCUGCGAGCGAAAAAAAGAAAGUGCGAGAGUGAAAGAGUCCCUCUUGGAUGAACUUCGUCAUGAAUCUAGCUUGGUUGGCCUGCGUCGUUACAACUGCGGCCGCCUUAGCCAACGCCCGUGGCCCUUCGAGCUGCGAGUCCAAGCUGCAGAACUGCACCGACCUGGUCAAGCCUUUCCUGAACGACCUGCGGUACAUGUUUCCCACCACAAUCGAAGACGUCGACGACAUGUGCAAGAUGUGGAGCCGCUUCGUGGACUGCAUUCGCCGAUACGUGACCGACUGUGCCACCGAGGAUCAAAGGUCAAAGUUCAACAACGCUGUCGGCGAUUCUAUCGACACCGUGCAUGCAAUAUGCAGCUCAGAGCGCUACCAGAAGGAGUAUCUUCAGAACGCGUCCUGCUUCCGCAAGGUCUCCGUCGACAACUGCGGCGUCUUCUACACAGCCAUGGUGGACCAGGUCACCAACCCGGCCUCCAGGCAUGACCACAUUUGCUGCUCGUACAGCCAGUUCAAGAGUUGCGUCAGCGAGCCCCUGCUCAGGUUGUGCGGAAACCGGGCGAGGACCAUCAUGGACCACUCCAUGGCUUUCCUCAUCGACCGCUGCGGGAAGUCUUACUACUCAUUAUCGUACAAGUGCCCCCGGGCUCGAGCCCUGCCGCUCUCGAGCAACGAGGGCUCGCCGAGUCCCAUCGUCGCCUCCUCUGCGCCCACAGCAGGUUCGGGCCCCGCCGGCACGAGCACGCGGCGCCCCAAGAAAUCCGUGGUCUCCAUCACCACCUGGUACCCGCGCACGGCUGUCUACACGCUCAAGCCGACGCCCAGCAGCCAGGUGUCGCGCUACAGUGCCGCCGUCCCCGUGAGACCCAGCAUGGCACUGGCGUCGGCGCUUCUCUGCGCACCGCUGCUGAUGCCAGCGUUACUGGCCAGGUCCAGAUGAGUGCGCACCCGCCCAAGUCCUCGGCUGCUCGGGUGCAAGAGAGAUCAAGCGGCCAGCGGGGAUCCGUGUCGACGCAGAAACAAUGCUUCGGGGCUGCCAGUGGUUAUGAUAAGGCUCUAAUGUUACGGGGGUUUCCCAUUGGUCUGCUAGGUGUCAGGGGGUUGGAGAAAUCAUAGAUGUCGAAGGAAGCCAGCUACCGAGAAUUACCUUUCUCCGGGCGGUUACAACAUACGGAGAGCGCCCGAUUUCGCAGCAAAAGGCUACAGCGCCCGCACGACACUGCUAACCUCCGCCGAGAAACAGAUCCCCUCCUGAAAACUAUCAGUGUAUGCGUUUGCCCACGUAUCUUGCCCCCGGAGAUUUUUCCUAUGAAGCCGCCUAGUCGAGGGCUCGGGGCAAUCCCAAAAGUGAACCACUGGUCUCCGGCAGCUAUUCCAGGAAAGGGGCUGAAGAAAAAAGCACGGAAGAAAAACAGGAACGGAAAUGUGAUCCCUCUGCAGGCGCUUACACAGUGCCUCUUGUAUGAUAUUACCACGAGGCAAAGCGUUCGCUCUUGUACCGUCUCUACUGUACAGUUUGUGGGCUACAUGUUGCAUGGCCUGUAGCACCUACUGAGCACAUUGCGCGGUGCGUUUGCCCUGGCAGUGCAUAGCUGGCAAGUGGCGCGCUGCUGGCAUGAUGAAGCUGUAAAAAGUUAUUGGAGUUUACAGUGAAAUGUGCAUAAUCCAAAGCAAUGCGAGGAGUAUAACCUGGAGAUAGCGUUUUCGCAGCGCUUUCGGUCUUCAUGAGACUCGUCCAAAAGAAUAAUUUCCGCGCUCUGUUAUGAGACAGGCUUAGGGAGUAACCGAAAUAAAUAUAGUGGAUAUCAUGCGUAGAUGUCAAGAUUUCGCCCUUGCUUUGCUUGCGUCGUAUGGUACUCAUGUGUCAGUUUUAUUUCUUGACUUACUGCAGCAAAUGAGGACAAAGCUUAUAACGCAAAGAAGGUA